AUGAAUUCCAUGUCAACGCCGCGAAUCUUGCCCGCUCAUCUCCAUGCCUUCGCCCCAGGUACCUCCUCACACAACACGGUCCGUAUGCUGGGCACAAUCUCCCACGUCAGCGGCGACCAAGCAACCCUGACAUGUGGUACUGACUCUGUAACAAUCCUUCUGGCCCGAGACUCACACCUGUCCGUCGGCUCCAUGUACGAGAUCGUUGGGAAAGUCACCAAUGCAGAUGGCGGCCACGGGUUGGCUCUACGGGUCCUGAGUAGCACAGAGUGGCCGCGCAAUGAUCAAGGUCAAUUGCCAGACUUAAAACUGUUCGAGGCCGCCGUGGACGUGACGCAUCGAUACAAGACUAUCUUUUACGGCGAGUCAGAGGGUGGGAUGGAAGGGGGUUAUUGA